AUGGUGACAACUAGGAAUCGCGGGAGUAUCGAUAAGGAUGAGAUAUCCUUGCCAGAAGUGAACAAAGUUUUGAUAAUACCAGUUCCUGAAGUUGAGACGGUACUUGGCGGCGCAAACAGAGAUGUGAAAUGCUUAAGAGUAGAUAAAAGCAACAAAGAGGUGAAAACUUUCGGAAGGCGUUGGCUUCAGCUCUUGCUGUUCUUCUUCUGUGGUGCGAGCAACGGAAUUCAUUGCUUUCAAUUCACAGUCAUCAAUAACGUGGCACGCAGGUAUUACGGCGUUUCAUCGCUGGCGAUCGAAUGGACCACGACGAUUUUUAUGGUAGCAUACGUUAUUCUCCUGAUACCAGCUUCUGGCCUGAUGAGCCGCGUUGGCUUGAGGCUAACGGUGCUCAUAGGCACUAUGGGCACAUGUCUCGGGGCUUGUAUCAAGGUUUUCGCAUCGUCGCGAGACGGUUUCGCCAUAGCAUUUGCAGGGCAGUGCUUUUUAGCCGUCUCACUUAUUUUCAUACUCGCCGUUCCCGGGCGUCUAGCUGCUUACUGGUUCGGAACUAACCAGAUUGCCUUGGCCACAACCAUCGGCUUCUUCGGCCUGCAGGCAGGCUACGUUACUUCUGGUCUUGCCACUGCGAUGGUUGUACGAAACCACGAAAGAAUCGAGGACAUCGGCAAUGAUUAUUCAAAGUUGUUUUGGGCCGAGGCGAUUAUCUGCACCAUCGUCGCCGUGAUGAUAUUCCUCUUUUUCCAGGACGAACCCCGCCAACCACCGAGUACCGCAAGGGCACUCGCAAAAAUCACCCGCGAAUCCCGCACCACGGAAAGUUAUUUAUCGGUGUAUAAAAGAGUUUUGAGCAACAAGAGUUUUCUUAUACUCUGGAACUCAUAUGGGCUACUCGUGGGGUCCACGGUCGCAUUGGCAACUAUGCUUAACCCGUUUUACAUUGUUCACUUCAAGGACGAUGCAAAAGGUGUAGGCGUUCUAUCAUCGUUCUCAUUCGUCGUGCAAUCUAUCGGCUCUGCCGUGUGCGGUGCGCUUCUCGACAGAACAAAAGCAUUCAGAGUGAUGUCUAUCGUGGCCAGUUGUACGUCAAUCUUUGGAGCGAUUUUGUUCGCGGCAAGCUUUGUGAUGGAGAUAAAGUGGAUGUUAUUUGCCAGCUAUAUACUGCUCGGCGGUCCGGUAAUAGGUUACUCAACGAUUGGCAUGGACUUCUGUGUCGAAAUUACUUACCCGGAACCGGAAGCGAUCACCACGGGGAUUCUGAACAUGUCUACUCACCUCUACGGGUUUUUACUAGUACUGAUUACUGGCAGGAUGCUUGAAGCCUUUGGAGAUGUGGCAGGUCACGGAUGCCUCGUCUUAUCCCUUGUCGUAGGAACCGUCCUAGUCAUCCUCAAUAAGGGCGAGCUUCGUCGUCAGAAAGCUGGACAAUCAGUUACUGACAAUAAAACAUACACUGCCGUUUCCCAGAAGUAGAUUAUGUUGUAAAUUAAGUGAUUCUUGUUGCAAAUCGAUAAUAGAAAUUUUCCUGAUUGAUUGUAAAG